UUGUAACACAUGGCAGCAAAAUAGCAACUGCUAGUCAUGGGCAAAACAUUCACUGUGACAAAGAUAUACACGCAGUGGACAUUCUACCAGCUAAUAGCACCUUUCUGCCUGCAUUUGGCUGCUUCUAUUGAGUUCUCCUCAGCUAUUCAUGGACCACAGAUGGCACCAGCCUACAGGCCCUUUAUGCUCACAGAUGAGUCUAAGCAAGGUGCUUAAUUGGUUUCAUGUUCAGUGUGGUCGGGACUUGAGCCACUGGCUGCAAGAGAUGAGACCGGGGAGCCUCUUGUCUUUCUCGUCUGCAAAGAAAAAAAAAAAAAAAACAAUUUCUCGCAGGCUGACUUGUGCGUUGCUGCCCCAUCGCUGCUGUGAGUACGGCUCUGACAAGGCUGCCUCUCCCAACUACACUACACCACGAUCCGAGUUACUGAAAAGCCUGUCGACUCAAGCCUCCAUCCGCCAUUUUCAGCGGAUUGAAAGCAGGUAGAGCACAAAAAUCACAAGUCCCCGGUCAAAUAAAGCAGCCCAUGUGAUAACGCAACACUGAGACUCGCUGUACUGUGGAAACACAGAUGAAACAGGUCAUGGCUAUUACUGGAGGGACAGUUGAGUCUCUGGAUGAAAUUCCAGCUCACGUGUGGAAAAGUUUGCCUGAUGGGCUGAAUCUUGGACCUUCUGCCACAAACCAAAGCCGCAUUGGUGUCUGGGCCACGCAAACCAUUCCUAAAGGCAAGAGGUUUGGUCCAUUUGUUGGAGAGAAGAAAAAAAGGUCCCAGGUGACCAGUAAUGUUUACAUGUGGGAGGUCUAUUUCCCUGCACGUGGUUGGAUGUGUGUUGAUGCCACAGACCCCAUGAAAGGGAAUUGGUUACGAUACGUGAACUGGGCUCGCUCAAGUGAAGAGCAGAAUCUUUUUCCACUGGAGAUCAACAGAGCCAUUUACUACAAAGUGUUAAGGCCUAUCGGGCCGGGAGAGGAGCUGCUGGUGUGGUACACUGUGGAAGACAACCCCGAGAUAACAGCUGCACUGGAGGAAGAAAGAGCCAGCAGUCUGAGCAGGAAAAACUCCCCCAGGACGAAGCGAGCUAGAAAAAAGCUGCUGGAGAAAGCCAGACAGGCUGGUUUGGGUGGAUUCAAGAAAACGAGUGAAACCAAACCUACUGAUAAGGAGAUGUGGGAUGGCGAAGGAGGUGUGAAGGAGGAGGAUGAGAAGCCAUCAUCCUUGGGGACCUUGCAGGAUGUCGAGGAAGCCCAUCCCCUCGAAGGCGCUCGCCAUAAAGAUGUGCAGGGCAUGUCAGCAACAUUAAUGGACAGGGGAAAUGGAGAGGAGGAAGAGGAUGAAGAGGAAGAGGACGAAGAGGAGGAGGAUGGUGAUGAUUUGGAAGAUCAACAGGAAAUGCAGCACCAAACUGCUCAGCAUUCAACCGUGGCUGCUACCACACAAAACAAGCAGUCCGACUCAUCUCUUCCCUGUGGCGAAGAAAGCCACAAGAAAACACAGGCGAAGUUGAGUUCCUCACUUGCAGGACGGGAAUCGGGGGUCGAUCCUGAGCUCGACCUUGAUGGUGACCUAGAGGGUGAUCCGCAAGGAGAAACCUAUCCCUGUCAACAUUGUGAGCGCCACUUCUCCACUAGACAGGGUCUGGAGCGUCACAUUCACAUUCAUGCCAUCACUAACCAGCAAGCACAACUGUUCAAGUGCCGGUACUGCAAUAAAUCCUUUGGCUCACAGGUGGGGCGGCGGCGGCAUGAGCGGAGGCAUGAAAGUGGGUCUAAGAAAAGGCCUGGCUCCCUGGCUGGAGCUGCCAGUCUACUCAGUGCAGUGGUGCAGACUGAUUCAAGUCCUGACUGCACCACUCCAGCUUCUCACUUUAUAGCCAUAGGCUCCCAGUUUACAGGAGGACAUGUGCACAACUCUGAGCUGCAGAAAAAGGAGUUGCGGGCUCAUGCCGACCGGCCCUUUAUAUUGGAUGAAAAUGGGGAGUCAAAGGAACUGCAUCCCUGCAAGUACUGUAAUAAAGCAUUUGGCACACACACCAACAUGCGCAGACACCAACGCAGAAUACACGAACGGCAUUUGUUGCCAAAGGGAGUUCGCAGGAAAGGCAUGCUGCUGCAAGAGGCGUCGGCGCAGCAACAGCAGCCUGGUGAGUCCCCCAGCACCAGCCCUCCGCUCGUCUACGUGCCCAGCGCAGACACAGAAGAUGAGGUCGAUAGGGAUGAUUACGCAGUUGACAUAUCCAAAAACAUCUCUGAGAAUUUGAGCUUCUACAUUGAUGGAAAAAUAGUGUCCACCAGUACGGUGAGCACCUGUGAGGUGAUAGAGGUGGACUCCAGGUCUGCAGCGCUGUUCGGUCUGGACACGGUCAUAAUCGGCCCAAAUCCGAUCAGUCAAGCGCUGAAGGUUGAGGGUAGAAUGAGUGCUGUGAAGCCAGUUUCCAACACUGGGCAGUCAACAGGCAAAAGGAGAACAUCUACGCCCCCACUCGUUCCCAACCUUAAAGUGGAGGCGGAAACAACGGCAUCAUCUUCAUCGUCCUCUACAUCUUCCUCAUCUGCUGUGUUGGGAGGACUGUUUCAGCAAGCCACAGAUCCAUCAUCAUUUCAACGAGAGAAAACCGUUUACCUCUCACCUAAGCUCAAACAGCUCCUUCAGACACAAGACAUUCAGAAAUCAGCCAUUACCUUGAUAACAGAAAGCCAUAGACUGGCCUCACCGCUGUCAGUCACCCCGUUACAAGGGACCUCAGGAAAGUUUAAAAGAAGAACAGCCUCUCCCCCAUCAUCACCACAGCUCAGUCCUGCAUGUAAAACGGAGAGCUGUAAAGCCGAAGUGUCGAGCUCGUACACCCUUAAGGUGCCAAAGUUGGAAAGCCACAACGCGUCUCCCCCUGAGAGCAUGUUGGAAAAAGAUGACGGGGACGCACUGAGCCCUUCUGGAAAUUCGAUGCAUGACCAACCUUCCUGUAGUAGCGGAGGAAAUUCCUGUAAUCAGCAGCCCUUGGAUCUAUCCAACUCUCUCAGUAGGAGAAGUGACAAUACAAACAAGGUGCUUGGGGAUUCAGCUCUUGAUUUAAGCUUCCAUCGUAAGACUACUGUUGAGCCUGAAUCAAAGGGAAAUACGACACCGCAGCCACCAACUAAAAAGAGAAAGCCUAACACCAGUAUGCUUGAAAAGGUUCUAAUGAAUGAGUAUGUUGGUGUAACUUUGCCGGGAGAAGACGGCUCCUCACCCUUGACAAACCUUAGCUGUUUCCAUUCUCGUUCUCCGAAUGUUGCUUCAGAAUCUGCCCAUUCCUCUCCGCCUUCUUUGACCCCCGUCACCAUGAAUCCCUCUUCACCCGGUAGCUGCAGCGUGACGUCCCCGACACCGCCUCCCCCUGUGCUACCUACCAUCCCGUCUCCACCGGCUAUGCCUAGCUCUCCUCUCUCUCAGCCUUCCGACUCCUCUGCAGUGAGACCUCUCCCUGUCCUCUCGCCAAAAAUGUCUCCACGAUCAGUUGAACACCAGUCUCUGUCAGACUCUGAGGAUCAUUUCUUAGCCGAGGAGAGCCAAGAUGAGGAGGAGAACCAUAAAUCUGAGCCACUGGAUUCUCCAAACACUCCACUUAAAAGUCCUCUUGAUGAUCCAGCAACACCAAGUCCUCCAGGCUAUUCGUCGGUGGAUCUGCCCACUACAGAAGACGAUGUUUCACUGACUACAACUUCCAGUAGUCUGCUGAAUGGCAAAUUGAAUGAAGACACUGCCUCAGUAACAGAAAAACCUGUGAAAUCUGACUUAAUUGCUCUCUCAUCCCCUCCAGAACCUUCACUUUCCUCUACAUCUCCUCCUCCUACAUCACAUGAUUCAUCCUCAUCAUUAGUUUCAAAACCUCCCCUUCUGAUUAAAAUAAAAGAAGAACCUCAGCACUGUGUAGACGAGCUUUUGGUUACGAAUCACGCACUGAAGGAGGGUGCUGAUUCUCUUCCCCAGCCUGCUGCUCCUGAUAAACCUUCUGAUAAAACGUCUGAGGCAGAGGAAGUCGACUCGACGUACUGCAAGACUUUUGUGUGCAACGUCUGCGAGGAGCCGUUCAACUCCAUCAAAGAGCUCAGUGGACACAUCAUAGAACAUGCUACUGACUGGCCCUUUAAGUGUGAAUUUUGUGUCCAGCUGUUCGGUGACGCCCCAGCCCUGUUGGCUCACCGGGCAACACUGCACGGAGUGGGCCAGAUCUUUGUGUGCUCCGUUUGUUCCAAAGAGUUUGCCUUUCUCUGUAACCUCGAGCAGCAUCAAAAGGAUCUGCACCCGAAUGAGACGUGUUCACAUACUACUGUAGAGAGUGGCAAACUUAGGCCACAAAAUUACACAGACCCAUCCAGAGCCAAAGAGGAAAGCAGUCCCUCGACACCAGCACCAGAGAUGACUGAUGAAAAUGUUCCACCCGCUGACUCGUGUUUAGCGAAAGAAGAGUCUGAUGUUAAUGGUAAUCACGAAGAGGACGAGACGGAGGACCCCAAUGAGGAGCUUUACACUACAAUAAAGAUCAUGGCUUCAGAAGGAGGGAAGCCUAAAGGGCCUGACGUCCGCCUCGGCAUUAAUCAACACUACCCCAGUUACAAACCACCCCCUUUUCCUUAUCAUAGCCGUUCCCAUGCUGGCUCUGUGGCCUCGGCUACAAACUUCACCACCCACAACAUACCACAGACUUUCAGCACUGCCAUUCGCUGCACCAAAUGUGGCAACAGUUUUGACAACAUGCCUGAACUGCACAAGCACAUACUGGCCUGUGCUAAUGCUAGUGAUAAGAAGCGUUACACUCCCAAGAAAAACCCCAUCCCCCUCAAGCAAAUAGUGAAGAGUCCGAACGGAGUCGCGUCGCCCACAGCGGCUGCUGCAGGCCAGAGCGCUUUCCGCAGAAUGGGUCAGCCAAAGAGACUCAACUUUAACCAAGAUACUGGGAAAAUAAAAAUGAGUGCCCUCAGUAAGAAGAAGAACCAGCUGAUACAGAAGGCAAUUUCGCAGAAAAACAAAGCAGCCACUACCGCGAAGAAGGCCACCAUCAAAGUUGAAGAAGAGCAGCCGUCUAACGUCUGCCCCCACUGCAGCCGGGAAUUUACCUAUCCUGCAAGCCUGACCAAACAUAUGGCAGUCAGCUGUCCCAUGAAGCCUGCUGCUGCUGUUAAAAAGGGCAAGAAAGGUCUUGUGGAGGUGAAAAAGGAGGCGACGUCGACGGUGGAGAAAAACACAAAUCUUAGGAAGAAAGCUUCAGACUGUGAAACACAGACAGAGCCAGAGUCCAAACCUCUGGGAAAGACCAGAGCUCGUAGCUCUGGUGCAGCCGACCCUGAAUCCUUCAAGGCAAACAAAAGAAAAAGCGUCGCCACAGUGGGCCGGCUAAAGAGACCCGCCUCGUUCUCAGCACCAGUUUCCACUAGCAAAAAAACUAAAAAGGGCCAAGUUCAGUCUCUACCUCCCACCCCUCCAGCCCUGGAAACUCCCAAUGACACGGCACAACGGCCAGCCAUGAGAAUGCAGCGUAUGGGCAAAGCAGCGCCCAAGAAAUUAUCAGAGGCCAAAUCAUCACCACCGCAGCAACAGUUAAAGAAAGAGGAGAGGUUCUCCCUGCGGACGAGGGAGAGAGUGGGUGGUCCAGUCACCAGGAGUUUACAGAUGGCCAACACAGCCUCGCCUACUGAAGUGAAAACUGAAGAACCACCCGUUCAAGAGCCAAAUGAGACUCAGGAGGUGCUGAUGAAGUGAGUUACCUGGACAGUGUUGGGCUUUUCCGUGGAAUACAGUUCCCCUAUCAGGCAACACUCUGGACUCACCAAGGCCCCGAGCCUGACCUUUGUGGUGGUUUCAUUCACUCAAAACAAGUCACGUCUGCAUAUCUCAACUGCCUUUGCUGGAUUUAAGGAGGGAACUCCCUUAAUCUUCCAUCUGAACUGAACUGAGCCUCGAUUUUUAGCCAGCCUUGCAAAAACUGUAAAUGACAGUUAGUUAAUAUAUAAUCUGUGUCAUUACUUGACCCAAAACAGUAAGAUUAGGGCUCCGUUAUUUUGGAAAGCUGAUAUAUUGCAAAUGGCAAUCACGUAUCAGUUAGGGUUAUGGAAACUUGUUAAUUCUGUUCUGUAUUUUUUCCCAUUUGGUUGUUUAGAUUUUUUGGAUGUUUCCAGAGUCUCUUAAUGCAUGUGCUGAAUAGAGUUAAAAAAUAGAUUAAGCCAGUUCCCAUGCCUCUCCCAAUGGGCACCUACUUCAGUCUAUACAUGAUUUGCAAAGUAUGUAUGUUUGAUUUAAAUUUUUGUAGUCAUUAUAUUGUAGAAUAUAUGUUAUUGGCCUAUUUUUGUUUGGGAAACAAAAAUGAACAUGGCAGUUGUUUACUGCAACGAUUGGUCCUCAGGAACACUGUAUAUGCGUGUGUUAAGUAUGUGUAUGGUUAUGAUUGGAUGUUCAGCCUGACAACUAUUCCUUAGGUCGAAAUCUCAAGUAUGUCUCAUGUCUUUACUUGCUUUCUCUUCUGUUUAUCUGGUGUUAGCAGGUAAUUCCACUUGUAAAAUUAUGGGAAAUACGUUGUAGUCUCCUUAAAAUAACGUCCGUCUUGAAAAUAAUUUAUAUCACUCAUACAGCCCAGUGUUCUUAAAGCACUUUAAAAACGAAACUGCCAAUUUUUUUCAAGCUGGAUCAGUGAGAUUGGCUUAUUUAAUUGGUGAACAACAGAAUGUAGCCAGGUCUGUUGCACUUAACAGACCCUGGUAAUUUGUCCCAGAGUGGAGCAAAUAAUUCAUCUAAUUUCAAAUAUACCGUUUACAACCUCUAACCAAACCAAUCUCUAUUUAGCAAUUUGACACAGGAUAGGAAAUUACACAUGAGACAACUUUUAUAUGCCAAAAUGCAUGAUAAUAUUGCAAAUGUUAAAAUAGGCUCACGAGAACGCAGCAGUGUUUUGCAGUUUUUGUCCGUUAAGUGGACGUGUACAAAGUUGUUUCAUUCAGAAGCCGUGGCGCGGUAACGGAGCUGGAAGAUUAAAGUCACCUUUGUUUCAGUGAGUUGACAGGUUUGUUUAGACAGUAUGUGAUGAAAAUGUCAUCAAGGCCCUACCAAUGAAAUGCUUAUUUUUUAUUGUUCUUAGUUAAUAGUCUUUCCAGUGGUCAUCCUACUUUGCCAUUUUUGACUUUAUCCUGUCGUACCGCACAUUUAACAAACACCACGGGCAGUGCUUAAACACUUGUAGCAUGUAAUGGGAAAGUAAAUCCAACUGUAUGAUUUGACGCUAAUUUAUAUUUCCUCAGAAGAAAAAAAAAUCCUCAUGUUUUGCCUUUCAGCAUCAAGAUUAUGUAUUUAAGGAUGAACAAAGACUAAGUUCCCAAAUGACCUCAAAUAAAACAUUGCUGUAAUUGACAUAAUAAAAAAAGUUUUUCAAGUUG